AACCACACAAGAAAAAUGGCCACUCUUUACUCAAUCCUAUCAUUAGUUCUCCUGUUUUUCUCCCUACUUUUGUCUCCAACGCAAUCAAAAUCCAACUUCAUAGUGCACGUACUAAAUUCCCACAACACAGCCAACUUCUCAGCCCAUAAAUGGCACUCUUCCAUCCUCCAAACUCUCUCCUCCUUGGGCUACAAUAAUACUCUUAACAUUCCCAAGCUCAUCUAUUCCUACACUCACUCUGCCACUGGCUUUGCCGCCUCAUUGUCGGCUGCGCAGGCAGCCGAACUUCGUUCGCACCCUGCUGUGCUGUCCAUAAUCCCUGAUCAGGUCCAUCAGGUCCAGACAACCCGCACCACUCAGUUCUUGGACCUGUCUGAGGGGUCGGGGCUGUGGCCCCAAAGUGACCAAGGGUCCGAGAUAAUUAUCGGAGUAAUAGACACAGGCAUCUGGCCUGGGCACCGUAGCUUCUCCGACGUAGGCUAUGGUCCCGUUCCUACAACUUGGAAGGGUUCCUGCCCCGUGGGGGACCCUGAUUUUCCGGCUGGUUCAUGUAACAAGAAACUAAUUGGCGCCUAUGCUUUCUACGCCGGGUACGAAGCCAACUACGGACGACUCCCACGCAAAGAGCGCAAGUCACCAAAAGACUACAACGGGCAUGGGACACACUGUGCAUCUAUCGCUGCAGGAUCAAAGGUUGUUAACGCGGCAUUAUUUAAUUACGCCAAAGGCACAGCUCGCGGGGUGGCAACCAAGGCUCGCAUUGCGGCCUACAAGGCCUGCUGGGGCUCCGAAUGCCAAGAUUCUGAUAUACUGGCUGCCAUGGAUAAGGCCAUCAAAGAUGGUGUACAUAUAAUUUCUGCCUCCAUAGGGUCGUUUCCGGCUGUCCAAUAUGACUUUUCUGCAAUUGCCAUCGGUUCAGCUCAUGCCGCACAGAGCGGGGUGCUGGUUUCUUCCGCUGCUGGCAACGAUGGACCAGGCCGUGGGACUGUCUCAAAUGUUGCACCAUGGAUGUUGGUCGUUGGAGCUUCCAGCAUUGAUAGGCAGUUCGAAGCAGAUGUAACCUUGGCAGAUGGUAGGACUUUUAGCGGGGUAACUCUAUAUCCUGGAGAUCCUUCAGCAGAUGCCCAGUUUUUACCAAUUGUUACUGGGGAAAAUAGCGGCAGUAAGAAUUGCAAACGAGGUCAGCUUCAAAAAACAAAAGUAAAGGGCAAGAUAGUGGUAUGUGAAUAUGGAAAGAUCGCUGACACUGAAAUGAGUUACUCAGUUCAAGAAGCUGGAGGUGCAGGAAUGAUUCUAAUUAACGACGCUAACUGGGGUGCAGAGUUAAGAUCUCAAGCCUAUUUCAUCCCCGCUGUCAUGGUGAGUUAUAGUGCAGGGGAUGCAAUAAAAAAAUAUGCUUCAACGCCUACUAUUAAAACAUCAGCCAAGAUCAAAUUUCGUGGUACGGUGACAGGGUCCGCUACACCCUCAUCCCCAAGGGUCGCGGCAUUCUCUAGCCGCGGCCCGAAUAUAGUUAACACUGAAAUCCUGAAGCCUGAUGUUAUAGCCCCAGGGGUUAAUAUCCUAGCUGCUUGGAGUGGAGCUGCUGGUCCUACUGGACUAGACUUCGACACGAGAAGGGUGGAGUUCAACAUCAUCUCAGGGACAUCUAUGGCCUGCCCACAUGUUAGUGGCUUGGCUGCUAUGCUAAAAAAGGCUCACCCCACUUGGACCCCUGCAGCUAUCAUGUCUGCUAUUAUGACCACGGCUUAUAACAUUGAUAGUACCGGUAAAGAGAUCAUAGAUGUUUCGACAUUAUUGCCAUCCACGCCAUUUGUUCGUGGCUCAGGCCAUAUCGAUCCCAACAAGGCCGUAGAUCCAGGCCUAGUAUACGACUUACAAGUUAGCGACUAUAUAGCAUUUUUAUGCACAGCCGGGUAUACCAAGAACAUGAUUCGUGUUAUAUUUAAAGCGCCUGCUGUUAUCGAUUGUGCUUCACAAAAGCUGUCUAGCCCUGGUAAUCUGAAUUACCCUUCAUUUUCAGUUGUGUUUAGGGGUGCCACAAAUAAAGUAAAAUACACUAGGGUGGUGAAAAAUGUUGGGAGCUCAAAGAAUGCAGUUUACAAAGUUAAUGUGAAGGCGCCUUUAAAUGUACAGAUCAGUGUUGCUCCAAGUACACUUACCUUCACUUCAACAGUCCAAACGUUAUCCUAUGACAUAACCUUUACCAGUACAAGUAGAGGAGCAUCGAGUUUUGGGUCGAUCGAGUGGAGUGAUGGAAAUCAUCAUGUAAGGAGUCCCAUUGCAAUACAAUGGAAGAGUGCUGAACAAGAAUUUCUUGCUUCGAUCUAAGUUUGGCUCCUUAACAAAUUUAUGUAUUGUACCAUGUUCUUAAACUUGUUUCUAAGGGCAGGUUCUUAAUAAUAACAGUUGUUGCU